UAGCUUUCUACGUAAAGAUGAUAACUAUUUAUCAAUGUGAUGCCUUGUACUGAUUUACUUUGUUUUCUAGAACGAAUGGUAUCAUUCGCGUAUUUGUAUAUAUGGUAUACAUAUAGAGUCUGGACAACAGAUCGCUUCAGUUGUUUACACCCAAAAAGAUUCCGACAAGGAGAGCUAAAAAGUAUAGUCACCCUGCUAAUAUUGUUCAUGAUACCGUUUCAGCUAUUUUAUGAUAUAACAUCUGUAAAGAUUAAAUACGAAGAAGGCUUUGCUAAUGUUCUGGGCCACAUCUUUACAAAGCCCGAGUUGAUGUGGACAAAGGCAGAUCAAAACCUUGUCAUACCUACAGAAUACAGCUUAUGUAUUGGCUUCUCCUUACAAACAGGAACGCUCGUUCUGUUACAGUGCUUUUGGAACUACCUUGCAAACUCAGUGGCAAAAGCUAGCUUUAUGAGUAGUAAGGAAUUCAUGUUUUAUAUCUUUUGGACCUUUACUAGUUUUAUCAUCUUCCCAGUGCUCCAGUAUAACUUUUCCCGUGACAUUUAUGAGCCAACAUACAAGGAAAUUAUGCCCGAAAUGGUGUACGGCAUUGAACUUUUCAUUGUUGGCUGUCUCGGUGUUGUUUCGCAUUUUCGAUUCAAGAAGCUUUUGAACAGUUCCCGUGAUACGACAAAUGGUAGAUCCAUUAUCCAAAAAAUUCGUUAUUUUCAAGAGGUGAAUAAAGUGCUAUCCACUGUACUCUUUGGUCACGGAACACUGCUUACUAUUCUCAGCUGUGAUGGAUUGACAGGCAAGAAGACAUUGAACGCACACAAAUUUUCAGCAGAUUUUUUUAUUUGCAACAUCAAUAUGUGUGCUGUUAUCACUUGGUUCUGUAUGAUCUUGAUUUUUCAUCCAAAGCAUAAUACUAAUCCCAAUGGCUCUGCUGGUGAUGAAGACGCAUAUGGAGACGGCCACACCCCAUUGAAUAACAAUAGCGGCAUCAGUAGCACCUAUGGUCAAGCAACUACUCUUGUCAUUGGAAAUUCUCAAGCCUCUAGCGACUGCAUGUCUUAUUCCAAAGGAAGCAUUCACCCUUUAAGCAAGUCUGGAAAUUGCCCAAAUUACGAUAGUGGUUUUCAUUUUGGUCCUCUCCCUAUUCCUCCUGACAAUAAUUCCCCUGACUUUAACAAUCGCAACAACACCUCAUUUUCAUCCACUGCACCAUCCAUGACAACCCUUGUAUCCCAAAGUGCUGCCAACUACGGUAGUCAAGGAAAGGGCCGCUCAAAGGGGUAUAACCACUUGGACUAUUACGAGGUUCCCCUGACUGUUGACGAUACAUCCAUAAUGGCCACUCCACUUCAACCUACUCCCAGUAAACAGAGUCACCUUCACUCUGAGAAAAUACAACGGCCUCAAGUAUCUGUCGAGAGCAUUCCAAAGAAUAAUAAUUACGCUAGCCCUAACGAUGAAUACAUCCCACCCCCUCUUUCACCUGCUCGUAAAGGCAGAGAAAUCUCAACCAUCACGCAAACAAGGUCCGAGCUGGCUCGCAGGAAAUACAGCCAUUCCAUGACACCUUCUUCAUGCAAUGAGGACAUGAGUGACUUUGGCGCAUCUCCAUAUCCUAUGCCUGAUGUAACUGAUUUGUCCGAAAAGACACAGUACCAAAUGAUGAACGGUAGCAUGGAAGGUAUUCCUGGUAUAGGCGAUCAAGUAGAUGAUUAUCACCAUCAUUCAAUGUCUUAUAAGAAAACAAGCAGUUUCCAACCUCAACGCUACCAUGAUGAUGCCAUGUUAUCUAGCUUCCGAGAUUUUGGUCCUCCUCCUAUCUCUCCUUUACUCACAAUGGAUGGAGAAAUGGCAAAGUAUCAGUCUUAUAGUAAGCAGUCUUCAUCUUCUACUUUACAAUCAUUUGGUGUAAAAGAAGACGCCAACAGCAGAAAGUUUGAUUUACUACCACCACCGCCUUCUUCUCUUCCUCCACCUCCUCUAUAGUGAUAUUUGUUACUCUGAUAAAAUAAAGUCCAUAUCAGCCUUUCUUAUACUUCACUUUUUUAUUACUGUCAUCAAUUAAAUGUUUAUAAAGUGCAUGUACGCUGUAUUGCUUUUUAU